AUGCGUUUGCGACUGGUGGUCCGCCGCCAUGCCCUCCCUGACGUACGAGUCGUCUUCAGCUGCAAGACGGAGAAUGACCCGACCAUUGCAAACUUACUGGAACAAGUCAACGAGAUUAUCCCCCUAGAGAGCAACGAAUGGGGUUUGGAGGACUACACCAUCGAGUUGAGACAGAAGGACACGGGCACCGCCUUUGACUUCUUCCACUUCCACAUUCGCCCACUUGUUACAAAUGAUCGAAGGAAGCGUCGCUUGAGCGGCCGCGAUCAGAUCACCAAUGACGGCCGUCAUCUUCUCGACGGUAUCCCUUUCGGCCGCCCUCGCCUAAGAGCUGCCUACAGCAGACCUGCAGUGGAUAUACCGCCCUUGAAACGCCCACGACUUACCUACCAUCCACAUGGCGAGGAAGAAGACGACGAUGCUCAACAGCUUAUGAUUACCGAGUCUGGCGAACGGGGACGGAAGAAAGCCCACAGGGCCGGAAGUGUCAGGUUCAGUGCGCCAUAUGACGCCGACUCGGACGAAGAUGUAGAAGACAACGAUUUUGGUGGUCAGAAUGUGAACGAGGACGAGUCGGAUAUGGAGCCCAUCGAUGAGGAUGACAUGGAAGAACAAGGGUUGGACUCAGAUUCAGACGAGGAUGCAGACCUCGAGGAAGAUGUUCAAGAUGAUGAGUCCGAUCUCGAGGCUGAACUAAGGGACCUGGAGAAUGAUAUGGAACCCGAGAAAGGCGGGAACAGCAUAACAUACGGUGAGGAGCGCGGCGUCAAUGCACGAAGGAAGGCGAAGGAAGUCGAGGCUCCCAUCGACGGUCGAAAGCGUGGUACCAAGCGACCAAGGGACAGUAAUGAGGAAGACGACAGCGACGCUGAAUCGGUUGCGUCCGUGAUCAAGCAUUACGAUCAGCAUGGAUUCCCGAGCGGUUCCAUCCUUAAUGGCACUGCUUCUAGAUACAUGGUCGAGGAGAUGCGCAAGAAAGGAGAACCUGUCAACCUUCCUGUGCACACCAAGUUCGAGGAUGAUGAUGAUGAAGGCCAGAAUGAUGCCCUGGAAGAGGAUGCCAAUGAAGCUAGCCAUCACUCGUCUUCUGAAGAAUCAGGCACUAGCGACAGCGAAAGUGACAGUGGACCCGAAGUGGCGUCCUCGAAAGUCUGCCCACCUGUACCAGGCUCCUCAGAACAUGAUCUCACUGACUCGAACCCGGAUGGCGACGACGACCUGAGCAGUGACGAGGAUGAGAAUAACGAGGAGGCCCAAACCACUGCCGACACCAAGCCAUCUGGGGGCGACGACAGUGAUGGCCAUAGCGACAGUGACGAUGACGACGACGGCAGCAGCAAUAGUGAGAGCGACAAUGAGGACCACGAUGAUACCGACAGCGAUGGCGCCAGUGACGGUAGUGAUGAGGGUGUGGAUCUUGCCGGUGAUCCCAAGUCUGAUGAUGAUCAAAACAGCAGUGCACCUGAUUCUGACCAGGAUUCAAGCGGUAAAAGUGAUUCCGAUGAAGCUGACUCCAGCGACGAGGACUCUGACGGCUCUUCAAUCGAUGAUUCGAACGGUGAAUCAAGUGACGACGACAGCUCGGCUUGUGAAAGUUCCAGCCAAGAGGCGGCUUCCAGCGGUGAAGAUUCCUCGAGCGACAUCGAUUCCUCCAGCGAUGAUGAUUCCUCCAGCGAUGGCGAAUCCUCAAGCGGUGAUGACACUUCUGUUGACCAAGAGCGUGCUGUCCCAGAACCCAAAAAGAUCGCGCCCAGUCCCAUUAGGACCCUGCAAGUCACCGAAGCACCGGCCGUUCAAAGUGAAGAUGCGGGUCCACCUCGCCCUGGGGAAGGCAAGCCAUCCACUCGGAAAAGAAACACUCGACGAAGGGCUCUGGCGCAGGCAAAAAAGGCUGCUGCUCGCGCUGAGGCAUUAGCGGCGCUAGCUCCUACGGCUCCGAGUACUGGCAUGACCGAGGCAGACUCUACCGAGCUUGCCAGUGUAACUGAGACUAUCGCUGCGAAGAAGGCACAGAUGCUGGAGCGCAUUGGAGCUUUGACUGGAAUGAUUGUGGAGGAGUUUCAAGGCGAUGCCCCCAGCCAGCCAGCUUCGGCUCACGAUGCGGCUCCAGCGGCUCAAGCAACAUCUCGGCUGUCUGAAACACCUGUGGCACCCCAUAAGGACGCUGCCUGCGAUGCGGACGAGGAUCCAGAUGCCUGGCGAGCCAAGAUCAAUUAUAGGGCUGUCGAGUGCUGCCAGGAGGGCGUGGAGCUCAGUGAGCCUCCAUUCCCGUUUGUCCAACGUUGGGAUCCCCAGCAGAAAUACCAACACGGUGGCCGCAAGAAGAGGAAGCAGCGUAGUCAAGACGAGUAUCAGCUUCAAGAUGAAGAGACGUCGAAAACGAAAAAGAGAAGGUCAGACGUGGGUGGCAUUGGGGACUAUAGCUAUGAUGACAGAGGGUCAUAUUACUACAAGGCAAGCACGGAAUAUGGCGAGACUACCCUGAACUACGAUGACGAGCCGCAGGAACAACCCGAGCGCAGUGUAUCAGAGGUUCGUGAGGAGGAGGAAGAGGAUGACCUUCCACCGCUUCCCGCAGACCCUUCGACUCUCCCCUUGUUGCAGCCUGGAAGUGCUGCGCCUGGUAUGAUUCUUACUUGGCAGCAACUUUUGAUGUCCAAGGCGACGAGUUGGGCGCCCCAAGUGUCACGCCUGACGGGAAUCAUUAUCAAUCUGGAGGAUCAUGGUGUUCUUCGGGUCCGGCUUGCCAAAAGAGAUCAGUACUUGGACCGAAACGAAAAGGUUUACGAUGACGAGGGCAAGCGUGUCUACGACAAGUUUGAACUUCCGGGCAUGGAUGAGGAAGAUGAGGAGGAGGAGGAGGAGGGUUACCGGACCCUGGAUUUAUCUGAAAUGAUGGAGCCCCGCGUCCUGCAGUAUCCCUCUCAAAUAGUUCCAGGUACGCCUUUGGUGGAGGAGCCAUCACCGUCCCAUACCGCCAACAACCUCGAAAAGACCACGAGCGCUCAAACAUCGGCAACCCUCGGGCAUGAAGCACCGGAACAAUCUACUGACGAGACAUCACAGAUGGAUAUCAACACUCAGACUCUUGAGGAAAGCGUCAUCCCCGAAUCUUGUGACCCCAAUGGCUCCAGUGAAGAUCAGGAGGCCCAGGCCGCUCAGGUGAUGUCUGUCGAAGAUAUAUCCAUGACGGAAGACAGGCCACACAAAAUCAGUCAGCUGAUCAGCGAAGCUGGCUUCCGCAAGGAGGUUGAUCCAUCCAUUGCCAAUGACGCACUCUCGAACCGCAGUAGCCACUCGCCCUCACGACAGCUGACGGGUAUGUCGCAUGAUGCGUUGCCGAGACCAUUUGAAUCCUCGCAGCCUCAAAGCGACUUGGGAUCUCGCCGUGCUUCACGCGGUACAACCAACGGCGUUGAUUCGCGGCCGAUUUUGCUGGAGCCUUUUAAUGGGUUCUCGGAUGCCAUCUCGCUGCCGCCGUCUGAGCAUCGGGUUGAGUCCCCCAAACUAGCCCUACCGCCCUCGGAGAUUGGCAGCAUCCAGAGCGAGAGGCAAGUUGACCCGGACUUGAGCAUCGAUCUGGCCGACUCUUCGCUUAAUGCACUCGAGGAUGACUCUGCCAACCGAGAUGCACUCCGCAGCUCGCCUCGUUAUGCCAUGGAAGAUGAACCCAGCGAGGUCGAAAGCCAUGAGGAGGAUGAGCAAUCAGAGGAUGAGCAGGCAGAAGAGGAGGACAAUGUUCCAACGCCUCGUCCUUCUCGCCUUGCAUGGGCAGUUUCCGAGUCUUCGUCAUCAGACGAAUCCCUGCCAUCGGUGAGCGAGCUCUGCACUCAGCCUUCGACCAAUAACAGUUCGGGUGUGCCGGCCCGGGACCCGGUCCAGGUUGACGUCAUUCCACCAGGGAAGUCGCGCAUGUCAAAGACAACGGCAGAUGCUGAAUAUGAGGAAGCCAUGCGGCGGCUGGAUGACAUGGAGGACGAGUCUGAAGACUCUAACGACUCUGGCAAAUCAGAUUCUGAUGAUGGGGAUUCGAGCUCAGACUCGGAUAUUCCCAACGUCCGCAGAGGCCCAUCCACACUUGCACGGAGGCUCAUGGUGAAGCCCAUUGAGAAGCCGUCGCCUAGGAAGUCACAGCACCUCAAGCAAAGCUCCAUGGCAAAGAUCAAGAUGGAACCUGUGUCGUCCCAUACCGAGACCUGCCGACGUAGAAGCGCGCGCACUUCGGCUCAGUUUCAAGUCCCGAAGGGGUCACAGGUGAUAUCACUACUUAGCAGUCCCGAGCCUGCGUUGGAAGAAAACUACGCAGAGGACGACAUUGACGAGACAUAUAAGGAUUCGCAGGACUCUGACUGGCCCGAUGGUGACGGCUGGGUCAAGAAGAGGAGGCCGACGUCAGCAGCAAGGCGGGUUGGCUUGAGCAAGCGAGGUAUGAGUGUACCGGCUUCUUCUCUCGGCCUUCUGCGGGAGAAGGCGUCGAUUCCGCAGAGAAUUGCGAGCUCGCAGCAGCUGGAUAGCGCCAGCACUCAGGGUUUGGCCAGGGCAAGGAAGCGGAUAGCAGAUGGCCUCUUUCACAAGUGA